AUGAGUAUUCAGUCAUAAGAUUAAUUAAAGUCCUAUUGGAGUAAUUAUGUUGAUAAUUAUUCUAAAAUAUAAGGAAAUCAAGCUAGUUUUGGUAUAACUCUAAUUAACAUGCUUGAUAUAUAAAAUGCUUAACGAAUUUUCGAAUCUGGAUGUGGUCCUGGAUUGUUAAUUCCUAUGAUACUCAUAAAUAAAUAAUUGAAUUGUGAAUUUAUAUCAACAGACUUAUCAGAAAAAAUGAUUGAAGCUUCUAAACAAAGAGUACUCAACUUUUUAAAUUUUCCAAAUGGAUAAUUAGAUUAUAAUAAUCUAGAAAACUUAUUUAAAUAAAUUUCUUGGGAUGCUAAAGUAGCAAAUGCUGAAGAUUUAUCUCAAUAUGAUAAUGAUUAUUUUGAUAUAUAUUAUGGAGGAUUUAUUUUUCAUUUAGUUUUAAAUCCAAUUUUAGCUUUGUAAGAGGCCUAUAGAAUUUUGAAGCCUGGAGGAAGGAUUGGAUUCUCCAUUUGGGGAAGAAGGGAAUUAGCUGAUAAUUAUACAAUUCUAAGAACAACAGCUGUAGAAGUUGGAUAUGUAUUUCCAAAAAGUCAUGAUGCUUUCAAUUUAGGAUCUGAUAAAGCUAAACUUAAAGAAUUAUUAGAAACUUUGGGUUUCAAAAACAUAUGUAUAUAUUAUAAAUUAAUAAUUAGUAUUAUGGUAUUAAAAUACAGCAGCAAAUAGAUUUACAUCAGACUAAAUCAUAGAAGGAUAAAACCCUGAAAUUAUUGCAUUUUUAUAAAAAGAUCAAGAAUUAUAUCAAAAUUUAUUAAAAAAAUUAGAUGAGAAAAUUAAAUAUAAAUUGAAUGUUUUAAAUGAACCUUUAAUUUAAGAUUGUUUAUUAGUUAUUGCAUAAAAAUGA